GGCUAGUAGCAGAGGCAAUUCUGUCACCAGCGACACCCACCAACUUUCGUUACGCAGCUUAUUAGAAAGUGCUUCUGCUGCAGUCUCUCAGACUUCUCACACAUUGAUCAACUCUAUCGACGAAGAGCCUGUUUCUUUACCUUAUAUUCUUUCUUCUCCAUCACAUAUUACUUCUCCCUCAAAUUCAAAUUCUUCAUUUCUUGCGGACGAGCCACGGACUCAAACUAGUGGCUAUCACCCCCGUGACGAAGUCGAUAACGAUUAUUCGCGACCCAGUGAUUCUGAUUCUGAUUUACGCUUUCCAAAGCGUCCUCGUCUUAUAAAACACUCCACUAGGAAAAAAACAAUGAGGCUUCCGAAGAAAGAAAACGGGGUUGGAAGUAGUACUAACGGUGUUUCAACUGCUAGUAAUGGUAGUUCACAAGUUGUUACUAAUGGUCAAGUUUCGGCUCUUACAAGUUUGCAAAAUCCUAGACGAGAGGAACUUGUUCGGCUCAUGGUGCAAGCAAUGCAAGAUAUGGGCUAUAGUAAAUCUGCCACUCAACUUGAAAAAGAAUCUGGCUUUUUACUUGAAAGUUCUGCUGUCGCAAAAUUCAGGGAUGGCGUGUUAAAAGGUGAUUGGGACUUGGUUGAAAGUCUUUUCCCAACAUUGGAACUAGAUCAAAAUCAAGAUAUCGUGAUUGUACGGUUUUUAAUUCGUCAACAGAAAUAUCUGGAAUUACUAGAAAGAAGAGAAAUAAAAUUGGCUCUAUAUACAUUGAGAAAUGAACUUACACCACUCGCAUUCAAUACUGAAAGACUUCAUUUGUUAUCUAGCUUUAUAAUGUACUCUAAUGCUGAAGAUUUAAGACGUAGAGCUGAGUGGGACGGUGCUAAUGGAACUUCGCGUCAAAAAUUAUUGUUGGAGAUACAGAAAUACAUUUCUCCUUCAAUAAUGGUACCUGAGCAUCGUUUAGAAUCUUUACUUGAACAGGCUACAACUUUACAACGUAUAUCGUGCCUAUAUCAUAAUUCUGAUAAAUAUAUUUCUUUAUAUUCUGAUCACGUCUGUGAUAGGUCACAAUUUCCUUCAAGCACUACUCAUAUAUUUGAACGGCAUAAAGACGAAGUUUGGUAUGUUGCAUUCUCAAAUAAUGGAAAAUUUUUGGCUUCGGCAUCAAAGGAUAAGACAGCAAUCAUAUGGAGUCUUGAGACAUUAGAUUAUGUGCACGAGUUGAAAGCACAUACGGACUGUGUUUCUUUUUUAUCUUGGUCUCCAGAUGAUACCAAAAUCUUAACAUGUGGACAAGAUAACGAAAUAAAACUUUGGAGCGUAGAAUCUGGGGAAUGUUUGACUACACUGAAAAAACAUCUCUACCCCGUAACUGCUUGCGCAUGGCUUCCAGAUGGACUACACUUCAUAUCUGGUAGUCAAGAUAAAGAUACUCAUUUAUGGAAUGUAGAAGGGACAAUUUUGUAUACAUGGACCGGUGCCCGGAUAAUGGAUUUGGCGAUAAAUAAAGAAGGAACGAGGAUGGUGGCGAUUUGCCAUGAUGAAAAACUCCAUAUUUAUAAUAUUGAAACAAAAAAAGAAGAGGCGAUAAUGGAUGAAAAUGCUAAGCUUACCUCUAUUUGUUUAUCAAGUGAUUGCAAGUAUGCUUUGGUGAAUCUUUCCACAAGGGAAAUUCAUCUAUGGGACAUUGAAGAAAGACGAAUUGUUCGUAAAUAUUAUGGCCAGAAACAGGAAAAGUUUGUUAUUCGGUCUUGUUUUGGUGGUAUUGAUCAGGGGUUCAUCGUCAGUGGUAGUGAAGACUCCAACAUUUACGUUUGGCAUCGAGAACACGCUACGAUGAUCGAAAUCUUGUCUGGUCAUAAGGGUGCUGUCAAUAGCGUUAAUUGGAGUCCCGUUAAUCCAUAUAUAUGGGGUACACCCAAUGCUGCGGAUCACAAAGGCAAAAUGAAGACCUCGUGA